AUUGUCAACAUAGCUUAGAGCCGUGAAGUCAAAAAGCUUAUGUGGUGUUUCACAUAUUUUUCCCUUAUUCAAAGGACAAGAUAACCCAUCAAAUUCAUGAAUUCUUCAGUUAAUGUCAGUGUUUCCAGUAGUCUGACUUAUCGAGGCGCCACGGAAACAACUGUAACUAGAAAUGUGAUUGUUAUCGCUCUCGGCCUCGUCAUCAACUACAUCAAUGGCACACUACUUCACACCUUCAGAAAACACCAGAUAUUUUACACAAAUCCUCGUUACAUCCUGUUCAUCCAUCUGGUGGUGAAUGAUAUGAUCCAACUUACUACAUCAAUCAGUCUGCAUGUAUUUAGCUACAUUUUCUACAAUAUGAAUGCCUCCAUCUGUUGUUUUUUUAUCGUUGUAGCCAAUUUCACCACCCAGAACACUCCAUUAAAUUUAGCUGUCAUGGCUGCGGAAUGCUACAUUGCUGUAUGUUUCCCACUGCGGCAUGCAGAGCUCUGCACGGUUAAACGGACAUAUAUUUUGAUCAGCUGUAUUUGGGUUUUAAGCUCAAUGUCAAUUGUGCCUGAUAUAUUUAUUCAUCUUGCAGCAGAUCCAUUAUGGUUCUUUUAUUACAUAGCAUACUGUGAUAAAGACAUUCUGUUUCGACAUCCAGUAAGUUUACAAAAGAGGGUCAUUACUUAUAUAAUGAGUUUAACUAUAGUUUGGUUCACCCUCUUAUUUAUCUAUCUAAAGAUCUUCUUUACAGCUCAAGCAGUUAAUUUAGUUGAUGGAAAUGCAAAGAAAGCCAGAAAUACUAUCCUGCUUCAUGGUUUUCAGCUCUUGUUCUGUAUGCUUACGUAUGUCGAUCCCAUAGUAAAAAAUAUGAUAAUUACUUGGCCCAAUUACUUGGCUUCUGAAUUACGUUUUGUAUGGUACAUCUUUGCUCACAUUCUCCCCAGGUUUAUCAGUCCCAUUGUGUAUGGCCUGCGAGACAAGACAUUUAAACAGUAUUUAAAAAACUAUUUGCUGUGUAACAUCAGAGCAGGAAACAAAUUGUAUCCUGGAGGGAAAUGCUAGAGUCUCAUCAGAAAGAUAAACCAAAACCAUGCUGGCUAUAGUAAUUAGUCUAAAUGUUAGCAAAAUAAAGUAAAGAACAUCUCUUUUUUUCCCUGUGUUUGAAAAGA